AUGAAAGUUUUCUUGCCUAUUUCCGUGGCCUCGAUCCUGCUCGUGCUUUGCGGCAAUACGGACGCUUUGAACGUCAAGAUGGUUGGUAUCAACUACAAUACGCGAAAGGGUCCGGAUUGGGCUCCAGACAGCUCGAGGUGCAAGUCGACGUCCGAAAUCCAGCGAGACAUGUACGCUCUAAAGACCGUCACGGACAAAGUGCGUAUCUACUCGCUGGUAGACUGCAACCAAGCUGAACUGGUACUACCAGCUGCUAAGAAGGCUGGUCUGCAAGUGCACCUUGGUAUUUGGACGACUGCGAGCCAUAACUACUUGUUACAGGAGAAGGGGAAGCUGGCUGCGCUCAUUGACAAGGGUCUAUAUGACAACAACGUAAUUGGGCUGCAUGUUGGCAGUGAGACUAUCUACCGCGAAGAGAUCAAUGCCAACACGGCGAUCAGCUAUAUGAACGAGAUUCGUGAUUUCAUCCGAAGCCGCGGGAAGAACACACCCGUCACGAUUGCGGACGUCAUUGACGUCUACAAUGACAACCCGUGGCUUAUUGACGCUGUGGAUUACGUCUCAGUGAACCAGUUCUCCUUCUGGGAGCGAGCAGACGUAAAUGAGGCCGCUGCUGUGACCCUGGACCGCCUCAGGAACCUGCGCAUUGUAGCAGCCAAAAAGAACAAGAAGAUCGUCAUUUCUGAGGUAGGCUGGAGCUCGGGUGGCUUCGACGCUGCUGCUGGUACCGCAUCUCCCAUGAACCAGGCCAAGUUCUUCUCGGACUUUUUCCAGAUGGCUCGCUCGCGCAACUUCGAGUACUAUUGGUACGUUGCGUUCGACUCCAAGUGGCGUGUGACGAACGGUGGCAAAGAGGUCGAGGCCGACUUUGGUGUGUUCAAGGAGGACGACACGAUGAAGAGCAACUUUCAGCAGUUGAACAUCGGAUGGAGAGAACCUCGAACGAUUCGCAAUGCUGGUACGCAGCUACUGCUUUCGGAGAAUGGAGGGAACGUGUACAUGUCUGGUAAAUCGAGCGAUUGGCUGGUGCAGGAGCAGCAAGUGUGGUUCUUCGACUCUGCUACGCAGCAGGUGCGCUCGAAGAGUAGCGAUCGCUGUUUGGACGCAUACCAGGGGUGGGACGCUGGCAUCGUGCAUGUGUUCCGCUGCGUGGACCAAGAGGUCAACCAGAAGUGGGUGUUUGACAGUGCCACUGGCCAGCUGAAGCACGUGAAGCACCAGGGCUUCUGCCUUGAUACGGACCCCGCGCAAGGCAACAAGGUGCAGCUGUAUGGUUGCUCGCCCAACAACGCCAACCAGAAAUGGAGCGUCAUCAACCCAGCCAGCGUCUAA